AUGGUGAACGAUGAUAAAGUCCAAAAACACCUUAAAGAAGUUAUCGAAAAAGUUUACAUAUUCAAGUCGACUUAUGAACUAUUACCCUCGCAGUACAAAGAUUACUUUUCACCGAAACUUUUACCAACACGUGGAAAGAAGAUUAAGCAAACAUAG